GAUUUGAGACCACGGAGCUUGGCGUGGAGCUCAGUUCCAAUUUUUGAGCGCGAACGAGCGGUUGCGUCAGUCCGCUGCGUCGCCAUCGCUGUGAGUGCGUGUGCCUGUGUGUGUGCGAGUGAUCCAGUGAUUGAAGCUCCCCGCUUGGGGCAAGGUGCAGUGGAAACAGUUGCACGCCAGCAGCAGCUGCAAGUGGAAAUCAAUGCCUAAUUGCCAGAAGCGGCCCUCGCGGAAAGCCAGCUAGUAGCUGCUAGCGACCCUCGCGACUGGCUCGUGUGCCCAAAAUUUCAAUUUGGACCGAGCGUGGGGCAGGCUCGUAGCGAAAACGAAAACGAAACCGAAAGCGCCGAAAAAAACACGACGAGCAAUGAACGCGAUGCGAAUUAAAGCCUUGCGUGGCAAAAAACGCUAACGAAAUCCUGCAAAAAAAAAACCCCAAAAAAAUAAAUAAUAAUAGCAGCAAACUAAAGGAAAGUGAGCUGGAAGCGGUUGCGUAGCAGAAAUAAUAAUAGAAAACGGCAGAAGGGAAAUACGAAUUUCGGUGGCCGAAAAAAUAAAACCGAUUAUCAUUCGCACGGGAGUGGGCCACAGUGAGAGUGAAAGUGGGGGGCUUGUGUGUGCGAAAUAAAUAAAUAUAAAUAACAUUGGGUCUGGCCGAGCUAGCCAGCCCCAGCCCCAGCCCCAGCCGACCCAGUCGAGCGCUAAUUACGGAAAAACAUGAAAAUCUUGGCGAAAAUCGCCGCAGAAAAUACACAAACAACAAGUGAGGCCAAGGCGUCAAUUAAUCAAUUUUCCGCCUGACCCAUAAGGAAGUUUCCAUAUCAUAAUUAAAAAGUAAAGCCCCAAAAGGGCAAAGCAUGAAGGGAAUAAAAGUAUAAGCCACCUUAACAUAUCCUUAAAAAAGGAGCAAUAAAAUAAAGCCACUUGGAAGACUUCAUAUCAGCAAAGACAUCAUAUCUAAUCUAAAAUAUUUGUGAAAAUAAAACUUAAAAAAAGAUAAACCAAAGAAUGAAAUCCAUCAUAUCUCAGAUAAAAUAAUUUCCGGGCUUCAGCCUAGAAGACUUCUCCACGAGACUUACAAAAGAAAAAGCGAGGAAAAUGCAUAUCAGAGCUUUGGCGAUCCUGGUCCUGAGCCUGCUUCCGGGGAUCAUCCAGGGCAGCCGCUACAACCAGCCGCACCUCUUUGCGAGCGGAGGCAGUUCCCCGUCCUCGUCCAGUCCGGGGAGCUAUCGGAGCUCGUCGCCGACUUCCCAGAACGAGGUGUACUCCGUGGCAGACAGCCAGCCCAUGACCGAGGACGGCUACCUCCCACCCAAUCAGCACUUCAACCCCGCCCACACCUCCGACCUGGAUCCGCCCGCCCAGCAGCUGAGCACCUGCCAGACGGUGUGCGCCUGCAAGUGGAAGGGCGGCAAGCAGACGGUGGAGUGCAUCGAUCGCCACCUGAUACAGAUCCCCGAGCACAUCGACCCCAACACCCAGGUGCUGGACAUGUCCGGCAACAAGCUGCAAACCCUCUCCAAUGAGCAGUUCAUCCGGGCCAACCUUCUCAACCUGCAGAAGCUGUAUCUGAGGAACUGCAAGAUCGGCGAGAUCGAGGGGGAGACGUUCAAGGGCCUGACCAAUCUCGUGGAGCUCGACUUGUCGCACAACCUGCUGGUGAAGGUGCCCAGCCUGGCCCUGGGCUCCAUUUCCUCUCUGCGGGAACUCACCUUGGCCUCCAAUCACAUCCACAAAAUAGAUGCCCAGGCCUUCGCGAACACCCCCUCGCUGCACAAGUUGGAUCUCUCCCACUGCGACAUCCAGACGAUCUCCCCCCAGGCCUUCAGCGGCCUCCAGGGCCUCACCCUGCUCCGACUGAACGGCAACAAGCUGAGCGAACUGCUGCCCAAGACCAUCGAGACAUUGAGUCGCCUCCACGGAAUCGAGCUGCACGACAAUCCCUGGCUGUGCGACUGCCGGCUGAGGGACACCAAGUUGUGGCUGAUGCAGCGGAACAUUCCGUAUCCGGUUCCACCGAAUUGCUCAGGAGGCCCCGAACGGAUCAUCGACCGAACCUUUGCGGAUCUCCAUGUGGACGAGUUUGCAUGUCGCCCGGAAAUGCUGCCCAUAUCCCAUUAUGUUGAGACAGCCAUGGGGGAGAACGCAUCCAUCACCUGCCGGGCAAGGGCCAUUCCAGCGGCCAACAUCAACUGGUACUGGAACGGGCGACUCCUGGCCAACAACUCCGCCUUCACAGCCUACCAGCGGAUACACAUGUUCGAGCAGGUUGAGGGCGGAUUCGAGAAGCGGUCCAAGCUGGUGCUGACCAACGCCCAGGAGACGGACUCCAGUGAGUUCUACUGCGUGGCCGAGAACCGGGCCGGCAUGGCCGAGGCGAACUUUACGCUCCACGUGAGCAUGCGGGCAGCUGGCAUGGCCUCGCUGGGAAGCGGCCAGAUUGUGGGCUUGAGCGCGGCUCUGGUGGCUCUCAUUGUCUUUGCCCUGGGGGUGGCCAUGUGCCUGCUUUUGAGGGUGAAGCGCCAGCCGUACGCCGACAGCAAGACACCCAACCACAUGGAAGUGAUUACAUCGGUGAACCAUCAGAACUCUAUAUCGAACAAAGCGCAGCCGGUGCCGGGGAACGGCAGCAUAGGCGGAGUGGUGAUUGCUAACGGAGCAGUGGCCAACAUUAUUGACGCCGGAGCGGUCCAAGCCGGAACUCUUGAGCGGAAGAGCAGCAGCCGGGGAGCUGGGUCUCACGGAGGGCUGGAACAGCGACUUGCAAACCCCGUUCAGAAACCGCCUCGGCUCACAGAUCUUCCUUACUCCACCCAGGGGUACGACAACAACGGCAGUAUCCUGUCGACCGCCUCCUGUUUUAUUUCUCCCACCGGCUCCCCCGGAAAUGGCGGAAAUAAUCCGGAUUUAAUCAACGACACAAAACGCUUUGGGAGUGACGAGUUCACGGACUUGAAGAUACCUCCGAUUGUUGGGGUAGGUGCGGGCGGGAGUGGCGAGUACAGCCGCGCCAACGGCUGUGAUUCCCUGUACCCCUCCGGCCUGUGGGAGCACGGUGGCCCCUUGGGCGCCACCUCGGCGGACGAUCUGUUUAUGAAGCGUUAUACGGACAAGACGCCGAUAAUCGACUCGUCGCAGCUCUAUGACCUGCAUGAACGUUCCACGGCGACGGACUACUUCAGCAAGACCUUCCCCAGGUCCCAUCUUCAGCAGGGUGUGGUCGGCGGAGGAGGCGCCUCGACCGCAUCAACUGCCACCACCAAUCUAUCGGGCGGCUCCUCGGCGGGCGGGGGCUAUCCCAACGACUAUGGUCUGCCUUUGGUUCCCGGAGCUGAGCACCAGCACAACCACCAGCUGCAGAUGCAUCCCCUGCAGCAGCUCCAGCAGCAGCUGACCUCUACGCUGAACCACCAGAAGCAGGAGGGCAGCUCCACCGGGAGCAGUCCCCACUUCAGCAGUCGCACGCUGCCCAGAUUGCACGAGAGCGGCAGCGCCCGCGCCUCACCGACUCCGUCUGGGGUUGGUGCCCUGGCGCCGGCGCCAGCCCUAGCUCCCCCCAGCUCCUCCAGUUCCUGCUCCAUUCUGCCCAACGGCCAGCCCGUCAACGCCAAGACGAUACGCGUGUGGCAGAAGGGCGGUGUGCCCGUCCUGCCGCCAGUGACGGCCCUGAAGCGGGCGCUCAUCAGCAGCAGCCGGAACUCGCCGGACGAGGGCUACCAGGAGGGAUGCGGUACGGACGUGUAAGCACCGCGAUCCGGGCGGGGAGGCAACCAAACCAAGAACUGACUAAACUUAACACAAAGCAUAAUUUAUAGAUCGAAAUGGCAUGUAGGAGGAAGAAAUGGCGGCGAGUCGUAGCCUCUCUUCGUAGGUGUAAUUCGUAGAUAGCGUAGCGCUGAGGUCCUAGGUGCAAGCGAACCGUUUGUGAUAGUGUCUAACAAAAAGAUAAUGCGAAUGAAGAUAAUAAUUCCCGAGCAAGGAGAAGGCUAAAACGAAAUCACUGCACUCCACUAACGUAUACUCUCCUAGGCAAGUAACUCGACUACUAAACCAGAACUAAACUAAACUAAAUCGUAAACUAAGCCCUAAGUAAGCAUUGUACAGUCAACUUUUUUUCAAAUACCAAUGGCAACUCUCAAAUCCCCGCAUUACGUAAAAAAUAACCCAAAAAUGUAAGGAAAACUCAUUGAAAAAUGUUAAUAAAUCUUUAAACUUAAAAUAUAUAUAUAUUGGUAUAUAUGUUUACUUGUAUGCAUAUAUGUAUUUGUGUAUGUGCGUGUAUGUGUGCGUGUAAUACUUAGGUUCUUCGAAUAGAAGAGAACUCAAAACCAAUAAGCCCCAACCUCUCUCCUCAUAAAACUUGUAACCAUAAAUCAGAAUAUAGAACCGAAAAUGGAAGCUCAACAUUUGUAACUAAACAAUUCGCAUAUAUUAUACACAUAGGUAUGUUAAAACAGCAAGGUAUAUGAAUCAUCGUUAUUGUAAAUAUUAGAUAAUCAAUAGAGAAGAAACCCAGUUUUUCAUCCGACUAUUGUUCAAAUUUUCCCUGUAACGUUAGAAGCUGUGAAGUAAAGCAAACCCAAAACAGGCUCCCAAGGAUGGCAGUAAAUCUAAUGAAAGUGUAGACAAGUGUACUCAUUUUAAAUAUCUCAAAAAUGCAUUUUUUAUUGGUAAAAGAAUUAAAUCGAAUUAAACAUUUUUCUAAUUCAAAUAUGUAGUUGAUACUUGCUUCAUUUUCAUAUUUUUGCAAUUUCCACAACAAGCCACCUUCGUAAAUAAUUGAAAUUCCAAAGAAUAAAUAUUGACCCAAUUCGCUAGAACGUUUUUGUAAUCAACUUGCACCAAUUAUCCGUCGAUUCCACAAAAAUACCUACACAAAAGUAUGAUUUACUGCUGUCCAAUCAGUGUUAGCAAAGAAUAUAUAUAAAUUUUGUGAAUUUCCAAAAAAAAUAAAAAUAAACAGAGAAAAUAACAAAAAUGUUGCAAAUCGAACUCGAGAGGAGUUGAACUUAAAUACACUAGGCUAAAUAAAAUCUGUUGGCAGUCGAGAAACAAAAAACAAACAUCAAACGACGAAAAUUCAAAGUAAAGAAUACGAGAACGAGAAAAAUAUUCAUCAAAUUCAUACGUAAAUAAGCAUAUGUAAAUUGUUUUCAAAAAACACUCUCAAACCCAUACAGACAUCCGCAAACACACACACAUCACAAACACAAGGCACAGACACGUACGCAGACAUAUACGGCACAUGUAUGUGCAUGCAGGUGAAUGCCAGAUGUCCUUGUAACGAUUUAAAGCGUAUCCACAAGAUAUUAAUUGCCCGUAUGUGCUAAGAAUUACAAUUUAAGAAAUACAAAAAAAGGCAAACACAAAAUAAUAUUUUUAAGGUAAACCAAAGACUUUUUUCUUUGCAUCUAAAUGAGCGGAGAAGUCUUCAAAGGACUCUCACAUACACACACAGACACAGAUACAGGACACACGUUCUUACACUCACACGUGCAGCCCAAAGUCUAAAAAGAAAAAAGAGCCGAAAGAGCGAAAAGAGCAAGAAGAAACCGUAGCAUUUAAGUCGAACCUAUGUAUUAUGUAUUGUAUAAUAUAUACCUACGUAUAGUAUAUAGUCUAUAGAUGUGUACACUUAUCAACAGAGAGCGGCGUGGCUAAAAAGUAAGCUAAGGAUAGGCUGAGAGGGCGACAGUUGAAGAGUGGAUGCAGGAGAGAGAGCCAGGAGGCAGGAGGCCCGCAGACAAAAGGCGGGCAUUGAAUGCAUGAAAGAAACUGAAUGAACAACAAAGCAAAACGGAAAUAUAUAUAACAUUAUAUAUAUCUAUAUAUGAACGAAAAACAUAAA